AAAAGAAUGCGCUGCUCUGUCUCUCCCGAAGCCCCCUCCCUCGUUUAGGCUCUCUCGUAAUAGAGCACAGCCCCUGGGGCAUAACCGUAAUUGCGUUGCGGUUCCGUGUCUCUUUUACGGCGAACCCUCGACGCGGUGGCCUCCUCGCCGCCUCCGGUCCUCUUUGGCCCGCAUACUUUUUAUCCCUGAGCGGUCGAUUUUGCCCCUUCGAUACUAAGAUUUACCGACCUAUCGCGUCGUCUCUCUCGUCUCACCCAUGGCUGCCCUCUCGAUUCCUCCCUCCUCUUCUUCUUAUCCUCCUCCUCCUCCUUUCACAUGGGUGAACACCAGCCCUGACCCUGAUCCUUCCCCCGUCUCUUCUCCCAUGGAUGAUUCCCAGCCCUCUUCGAUCGGUCCCGGCGAGGAGGAGCUCGACGCCCCCGAAUCGUGCAGCGAAGUUGCGCCCGCCGUCGAUCUCCCCUCGUCCGUCGAGUCGGCUUCCACGGCAGCCCCUCCGCCGCCGCCGCCGCCGCCGCCAUCGCUCCUCCCCGCUCCGUCCUCGUCGUCGCCGCCGAAGGUGGUGGCCAACGCGGUGGCGCCGUCGCUUCUGCACCUCUCCUUCAACCAGGACCACGGCUGCUUCGCCGCUGGCACCGACAGGGGCUUCCGGAUCUACAACUGUGACCCCUUUCGCGAGAUCUUCCGUCGGGACUUCGACGGCGGAGGCAUCGGCGUCGUCGAGAUGCUGUUCCGAUGCAACAUCCUCGCGCUCGUCGGCGGCGGGAGUAACCCGUACUACCCGCCUAAUAAGGUCAUGAUCUGGGACGAUCACCAGAGCCGGUGCAUUGGGGAGCUCUCGUUCCGGUCAGAGGUCCGCGCCGUUCGCCUUCGCAGGGACAGGAUCAUUGUGGUGCUUGACCACAAGAUUUUCGUGUACAAUUUCGCGGACCUGAAGUUGGUGCAUCAGAUUGAGACGGUGCCGAAUCCCAAGGGCUUAUGUGCUGUUUCACAACAGCAGGGUUCGCUGGUUCUUGUCUGCCCCGGUGGUCAGAAGGGGCAGGUUAGGGUGGAGCACUAUGGGGCAAGGCGGACAAAGUUUAUCAUGGCACACGAUUCAAGGAUUGCUUGCUUCGCGCUGUCACAGGAUGGGCGCCUGAUCGCCACUGCAAGCACCAAAGGCACACUUGUUAGGAUAUUUAGCACAGUUGAUGGGACACUCCUUCAAGAGGUUAGAAGAGGUGCUGAUAGAGCAGAGAUAUAUAGCUUGGCCUUCUCUGCUGACAUGCAAUGGCUAGCAGUCUCUAGUGACAAGGGUACUGUCCAUGUAUUCAACCUCAAGGUUAAUUUGGGGUUGACUGCGAAUGAUAAGCCUCGCCCUGCAUCAGAUCCAAAUGUGCCAACUGCGAGUUCACAUCUUUCUUUCAUCAAAGGUGUGCUGCCUAAAUAUUUCAAUUCUGAAUGGUCAGUAGCACAAUUCCGAUUGCACGAGAAUUCACAAUACAUUGUUGCAUUUGGCCACCAAAAGAACACGGCUGUCAUCCUUGGUAUGGAUGGAAGUUUCUUUCGAUGCCAAUUUGAUCCUGUGGCCGGUGGGGAGAUGACACAAUUGGAAUGCUACAAUUUUCUGAAGCCAGAAACAUUUUAGUAGCAGGUUUUGUCUUUGCCUCUACGGCAAAUUUCCUUCUCUUUUCUUGUUAAAAGGACAAUAAUAAUUUGUAUAUAUAAUGAUAUUGGCCUGUAAAAUUGUGUCUCGUAGAUAACUUAUGUGAAUGACGGAUGAUAAGAUGAUGCAUAUUUGCCGAUCUUGUUAUGGUUCCUCCGGUACAUCUGUAUUUAAAUUUCACCUAAAAUGUUUAUGGACAGCAUAAUCAUCAUAAAUAUUCCUUUUUCA